AAGAGCAAAUCCCAACCGCCUCUUCCCCCAAACAAUCACAACCCAAAAACUAAAAAGACCCUUUUGUCACUGUUAGGUCAAAAAAAGGGGGGAAAAGGGGGAUUAUUAGGAAAAUGACAGGGCUUGGCUCUUCAUGUGGAGCAUGCAAGUUCCUGAGGAGGAAGUGCACAAGUGAGUGUGUGUUUGCUCCCUACUUCUGCUAUGACCAAGCUGCCAAUCACUUCGCUGCGGUUCACAAGGUGUUUGGGGCGAGCAACGUCUCCAAACUGUUGCUCCACCUCCCAGUCCAAAUGAGGAGUGACGCUGCUGUCACCAUCUCAUACGAGGCACUUGCACGGAUUCGAGACCCAAUCUAUGGAUGUGUCGCCCACAUAUUUGCUCUCCAGGAACAGGUGGCUAAUCUGCAGGAGGAGAUUGAGAUUCUUGGGACGCAAAUGGCUAACCUUGGUAUUCUAAGUUGGGGAGGCUCUCAUGUGAAUAAUAACAACUUCGUUUCCAAUGCCGGGUCGCACUUCCCGCAGACUGACCCAAUUAACCUGCAGUUCUAUCAGGACCAGUACGAUCCAGUAUUUCCCUAUGCUGGGAAUCCACCGGAAAGUCGGGAUUUAGGGGAGGCGGUACUGACUGGUAAUAGAAUUGAUAACAACAAUUCGGAGUUUCCUCCUCUGUACGGAGGCGAAGUGCUAGAUCAAUUCUGUGAGGAUACCGACCCAAGCAUUUUGGAGAGACUUUUUGAUGGAGUGGACAAAGAGAUCUUCACACUUUACCCAUGGCUCAACAAUGGAACUGCUCCUGGAAAAUGAGGGAGAAGCCGCCAAAACAUGAGCUUACUCUCGCUGGCUCCAUAAGUGGAGCAAAUUUUGCUAAAGGGAUUUGGUCAUUUUGUGAUUAUUCUGCUGAUUUUUGCCAUGUAGAGGAGGAUAAAAAAGUAGUCUCUCCCCCUGUAAAUAGGACUAAUCUAGUCAGGUUAGAGUUUUGGCAUCUCCCUUUUCUCCGAGCUAAUUAAUAUUGUUGUCGCGGUAAAGCGAUUUAUUCAUGAUCAA